AUGCCGGACGACGUGAUGAUGUCUGAAGCCGGUGAAGUUGAAACCUUCGCGUUUCAAGCCGAAAUUGCUCAAUUGAUGAGCUUAAUUAUCAAUACCUUCUAUUCUAACAAAGAAAUUUUCAUCCGAGAAUUGAUAUCCAACGCAUCUGAUGCCUUGGACAAAAUUCGUUAUGAAUCUCUCACAGAUCCAUCAAAAUUGGAUACCUGCAAGGAGUUGUUCAUCAAGAUUAUUCCAAACAAAAAUGACCGUACCUUGACUAUCAUGGAUUCUGGUAUCGGUAUGACAAAGGCUGAUCUUGUUAACAACUUGGGUACUAUUGCCAAGUCAGGCACAAAGGCCUUUAUGGAAGCUCUUCAAGCUGGUGCAGACAUCUCUAUGAUUGGUCAGUUUGGUGUGGGUUUCUAUUCUGCUUACCUGGUUGCUGACAAGGUGGUUGUAAUUUCAAAACACAAUGAUGAUGAACAAUAUGUGUGGGAAUCUUCUGCUGGUGGAUCCUUCACUGUUCGUCCUGAUAACGGAGAAAGAAUUGGAAGAGGCACUAAAAUCAUCUUGCACAUCAAGGAAGAUCAAACCGAAUAUCUGGAGGAAUCAAAGAUCAAGGAAAUUGUUAAGAAACACUCCCAAUUCAUUGGUUAUCCGAUUAAGUUGGUUGUUGAGAAAGAGAGAGACAAGGAGCUAAGCGAAGAUGAAGAAGAGGAACCAGCAAAGGAAGGAGAGACUGAAGAUGAAAAACCCAAAAUUGAAGAUGUUGGAGAAGAUGAGGAUGAGGAUAAACCAAAGGAUGAAAAGAAAAAGAAAAAGAAGACAAUCAAGGAGAAAUACACAGAGGAUGAAGAACUUAACAAAACAAAACCAAUUUGGACAAGAAAUCCAGAUGAUAUUACGCAAGAAGAAUAUGGUGAAUUCUACAAAAGCUUGACCAACGAUUGGGAGGAUCAUUUGGCUGUGAAACAUUUUUCGGUAGAGGGUCAGUUGGAAUUCCGGGCAUUACUCUUCAUCCCACGACGAGCGCCGUUCGAUCUCUUUGAAAAUAAGAAGAGGAAAAACAACAUUAAAUUAUAUGUCCGCAGAGUCUUCAUUAUGGACAACUGUGAAGACCUUAUCCCAGAAUACCUUAACUUCAUUAAGGGUGUUGUAGACAGUGAAGAUCUUCCAUUGAACAUUUCUCGUGAAAUGUUGCAACAGAACAAGAUUCUCAAAGUUAUCAGGAAGAACCUUGUGAAGAAAUGUUUGGAACUCUUUGAAGAAUUAGCUGAGGAUAAAGAAAAUUAUAAGAAAUGCUAUGAACAGUUUAGCAAGAAUUUGAAAUUAGGUAUUCACGAAGAUAGCCAAAAUAGAAAGAAACUUGCGGAACUGCUGAGAUACCACACGUCUGCCUCUGGAGAUGAAAUGUGUUCACUGAAAGACUAUGUUGGUAGAAUGAAAGAAAAUCAGAAACACAUCUACUAUAUCACAGGCGAAAGCAAGGAGCAAGUAGCAAACAGUUCAUUUGUUGAGAGGGUUAAGAAGCGUGGUUUCGAAGUUAUAUACAUGACAGAACCUAUCGAUGAAUAUGUUGUACAGCAACUAAAGGAAUUCGAUGGGAAACAGCUAGUGUCUGUAACCAAAGAAGGUUUGGAGCUUCCAGAAGAUGAAGAAGAUAAGAAGAAACGCGAGGCUGACAAAGUCAAGUUCGAGAAUCUCUGCAAAGUUAUGAAGGACAUUUUGGACAAGAAAGUAGAAAAAGUUGUUGUAUCUAACAGGUUAGUUGAUUCUCCCUGCUGUAUAGUCACAUCACAGUAUGGAUGGACUGCAAACAUGGAAAGGAUCAUGAAGGCACAAGCUCUUAGAGACACGUCAACUAUGGGAUACAUGGCUGCCAAGAAACACUUGGAAAUUAACCCAGAUCAUCCAAUCAUGGAGAACUUGAGGCAAAAGGCUGAAGCAGACAAACAUGACAAAUCUGUAAAAGAUCUAGUCAUGCUUCUCUUUGAAACUGCACUCUUAUCUUCUGGUUUUGCUCUUGAAGACCCUCAAGUACAUGCUUCCAGAAUAUACAGGAUGAUCAAACUUGGUCUUGGUUUCGACGAAGAAGAUGCGCCACCAGUAGAAGAUGAGAAAAUGGACACAGAAGUUCCUCCCCUAGAAGGUGAUGCAGAAGAAGCAUCCAGGAUGGAAGAAGUAGAUUAA